AUGAGUGAGAAUUAAGAUUAUUUAAUUGCAGAUAACUAAAACUAAAAUUAUUCCAAUUAAUUUGAAGAAAAUAAUAAUUUACAAUAAGAAAAUUUCGAAUAAGACGAAGCAUUUGAAAAUAACAUUUAAUAAAAUUAAAAUAAUAUUGAAGAUGAAUAGGAAAAAGAAGAUGAUUUUCCUGAAUAUGCGAAUGAAUAAAAUAAAAGGCUUAAUGAAAUUAUUAAUAAAAAAAGAAACUUAAUAAAAGACAUUCAAAAUAAAAUAGAAGAAAAAUCUGAAAGAACAAAAGUAUUACAAGAACACUUAAAAAAUGUACAAUAAGAAUUACUUUCGACCUAAAAAUUAAUUGAUGAAAAAAAUAAAGAAAUAGAAACAGAAGAUCAUAUGAAAUAAAUAACUGAAAGAUAAAUAGGAAGAAUAUAAAGCGAAUUAAAAAUUUUAGAAAAGCGAACAAUUGAAUAGUAAGAGAAACUAAAUGAUGUCCAAAACCAAAUUUUUAGAGGAAAUGAAAAAAUGGACUAAUUCAAAUUAGAAAUGAAUUGGAAUUAGGAAGAGUUAGAAUAAUGGGCACUCGCCGCUCGCCAAAAAGAAGAAGAUAAUUUAACUUUAGAAAAAUAUAAACGUGCAGACGAAGUUAAAAUAAAGGAACUUAAUUUGGCUAUUGAAAAACUUACACAAGGAGUUGGAUAAAAACAACAAGAAUUAGAGAAAGAAAUAACUGAAACCUAAGCUGCUCAAAUAGAACUUGAUAAAACAGCAGAUGAAUUCAAAAAAUAGCAUAACGAAAGACAUAAACUAUUUUUAUAAUGGCAAGAAGUAACUGAAAUUAUUUCAAAAAGAGAUAUUGCUAUAAGAAAUGAAGGAGAAAACUUUGCCCGAAUCAAAAUGGAGAUUAAAGAAAAUAAAGACGGACUUGAUGAAAAAAAGACGAUAUUAAAAGAAUCUGUAGAUAACAAUAAAAAAAUUUAAAUGGCGAACGAAUUUUAAGAAAGGGUAAAUAUUCAAAAAAUUUAAGAUAAUAAAAAUCUUGAUGAAAUUCUUAUUGAAAAAAAAGCUGAAGUUGAAAUUUUAAAAAAUCAAGUAAGUGCAUUUGCUUAGAGUUUGUAAUAAAAAAGAAAUAAAAUUUCAAUUUUGAAUCAAGAACUUUUAUCUAAAAAGUAAAGGCUUAAUAUUGCUUAGAAAAAGUAUUAAAAUAAUUAGGUUAAAAUCAAGAAUGAAUAAUUAAUGGCUUAAGUUUAUGAAAACAAUAGGAAUUUAGCCGAAUAAAAAUAUAAGUAAUUAGAUAAGGAAAAAAAUGAACUCUAAAGAGAAAUCAAAACUCAAAAAGAUACACUGUUUAAAAAUAGUUAAGAACUGUUCAAGCUUAGGGAGUAAGAAGCUAACUCUUAUGGAGAAAUUUAAGGAAAUAUGGCCGCCUGUAGAAAUUUGUAGGCACAUAUUUCGAAAUUAAAUUAAGAAUUCUAAAGAUAAUAAGAACUUUUAUAUAAUGCUGAGUACUAAAUUUAGUUAAUGGAAAGAAAAGUAGCAAGAGCCAAAGGUGAACGUACUUUGGAAGAAAAAAAAGAUCUAGAAAAUGAAAUUGAAUAGGCGGAAAAAUACUUCAAUGAAGUUUAGGGAAAUAAUAAAGAAUUAGUUGAAUCUCUAAAAAAACUUGAUGAUGAAAUAAGAACUAUUAAGAAAAGAUUGGAAUCUAUUGAAUAAGAAAAUAAAAAAUACUCAUGUUUAAUUGAAGAAUUAAUUCUUGAAAAUGAUAUGACAUAUUAAGAUUUGAAUAAAAUUAUUAAAUAAAAAGAAGAAGUUCUAGUAUAACAUGAUACCAUGAAAUUAGAAAUUAAAAAAAUUCAAGAAUAUUUAAAUGGAGCUACUGAUAACGUUUUUGAUUUAGAAAAUUAAGUUUAUUAAAUUGAAAUGAGUAUGCAAGAAAGAGAAAAAGAAAUAUAAGUUCAUAAAGAUGUUUUAAUGACUGAACAUAAAUCUUCAGAAGAAGAAAGACAUAAAAUUGCAGUUGAAUUAGCAGAAAGAAAAAACAAAGUUAAAAAUCUCAAAAUAAAAUACGAGUCUCUGGUAUAAAGAAAUUAAGGGGCUAAUGGAUAAAUAGAUAAUGUACAUGAACAUUCUUAAGCUUAUUAUGUAAUUAAAGCUGCUUAAGAAAGAGAAGAAUUACAAAGGAAAGGAGAUGAACUAAAUGCAAAAAUACUUAAAAGUGAAAAAGAAUUAAAAGCCUUAGAUAAUACUUUAAAUCAUUUAAAAAACAGGAAUUCCAAAUAUAGAGAUAGCUUUUUAAACAAAGGAGUAACAUCUCAGGAUAAAGAACAACUUGAAGCUUUAGAAGAAUAAUGUAGAGCUGCUUCUUAAAAUUUAUUUAAAAAAAGAGAUGCUUUAUAGAAAAUAUAAAAAGAAUAUGAAGAAGACAUAAGAAGAUUACAAGAAUAUUAAAAUAAAAUGUAAAUUUUAACUUAAAAAUAAUAAUAAACGAAAUAAAUGAUGAAUAAAUAUGAAAAAGAUAUUGAAGAAUAAUAUCAAAAAAUUUAAAGAGCACAAUAAGGUUAUGACAGAUCUUUAUAAAAAACCUAAUAAAAAGGUAUUGAUAUAUAGAAUUAAAAUAAUCCUCAUAUUAUUUAGCUUAAUCAUGAUGUUGAGGUUAAUAAAACAAAAAUACUUAUUUCUAGUUUAUAUACACUUUCUUAAGAUAUACCUGAAUUAAGUGCAAUUAUAGAUUAAGUUUUGAAAGAAAAAAAGCUUACUUUACCUUCGAAGCCUCCUUCUUCUAUAGAUAUAAACUCUUAGCAAUCAAUAAAAUCUGGUAGAUCAAUAAAUUCAGGGUAAAGUCCUUUUUUUAUCACCUUAAAUUUAAAUUCUAGGAUAAUUUUAAACAAACCUACUUUUUGA